AUGCCGAUCAAAACUCGAAAUCUCGUUCACUUCUUCCUUCUAUUCGUCAUUUCUUCUAUUGCCUUCGCCUUCGAAUUAGACUUUGAUGACCAGGAUUCAAAGUUCUCCGAUGAAAACAUUUCAAAUUUGUUGAACAACAAAAUCAAGGCCAUCAAGGCCUCGAACGAUUCCUUGCUUUGGGGAACCUACCGACCAAAUCUAUAUUUUGGCACCAGACCGAGAUUGCCCGAAAGUUUGAUGACAGGGUUAAUAUGGUUUGGAGUGAAUGAUUAUAAAAGUUUUUCGAAAACGAGGCAUGCGUGUGAUCAAUCGGACGAAUUGGAUGAAUAUAGCUAUAAAAAGCAUGAUGGCCGUUCCUUCGCCAUGCAGACGAUCACCGACAUGAAAAACAAUGUUUUGUUGAAGACCAAUUUUUUAAAAGUACCCGGUGGCGAAAAUGAAAGUGGCGGCUAUCCACCACCACCCUUUUUGUUUGCGUUGGACAACGAAGUUGGCGAAAACUCAAACUUCUUUUUCGUUCAAAAAAUGGUCGAGACUCCUUUUCAGUUUGAUAUCUUUUUCGAAUCCGACUCGUCACCUACGCAUAUUAAAGAUUUGACCAAGAGCUUGGCGGAAAGUUCUCUGGAUUUUGACUUGAAAUUCGAAAGAUUAUUUGGGUUAUCGGCAAGAGGAUUCGAUAAAGAUCAAAUAUAUUUUGCUCAGACUAUGAUGAGCAAUUUGAUCGGUGGUAUCGGAUACUUCUACGGGUCAAGCAUUGUUGACAGGUCGUAUGUUGAGGAUGUUGACGAGGAUGAGGAAAACUUUUGGGACAAGAAGAGGGAACCCGAUCCUCAAUUAACUCCCCCAGCAUCGUUAUUUACGGCAACACCAUCAAGACCGGAUGAAGGAUUUCAUCAACUUCUAAUCGGAGCCUGGGAUAAUGAUCUAAGUCUAGAUAUUACAAGAUAUUGGACGUCACUAAUCGACAAUGAUGGCUGGGUGGCGCGUGAACAGAUUUUGGGUGAAGAAGCAAGAAGCAAGGUUCCAGAGGAAUUUCAGACACAGUAUCCUCAUUACGCGAACCCUCCCGUAUUAUUAAUGUCUAUUAGCGAGUUCAUCGAAAGGUUGGAUGCUGCCUUCAAUUCAAACCAAUUUAAUAUCGAAGUUAAUCCUGAUCAAAUAAUGGUUGGUCAACUAUCCUCCACAAAUGAUCCUGAAGCCCUAUCCAGUCGUCAUUUAUACGACGUUGAUCUUGCAAAAAUUUAUCUGGCAGAUAUUUAUCCUAAAUUUCGCGCUAAUUAUAAAUGGUUUAGAAGGACUCAAUGGGGUGAGAUUAAAGGGUGGGGACGAAAGGCCUCUAAUAAUAAAGAAGCUUACAGGUGGCGCGGUAGAACACCCGGACAUACAUUAACCUCGGGGUUGGACGAUUACCCUAGACCUAAACCACAUCCCGCUGAAUUGCACGUGGAUCUGAUGUGUUGGGUCGGGUUCAUGGCGAGAUCCCUUGCUGACAUUGCUAAAAGGUUGGACAAAGAGGAUGACGCAGAAGACUUUGCUAAACAGUAUAAAAACAUAUUGGCUAAUUUAGAUGAUCUACAUUGGAGUGAGGAACAUAAGGCUUAUUGUGAUCUAUCUGUCGACGAAAAUGGGAUAUCUAUCAUUGUUUCCAAUGUUGCUUGGCUUUUUACCGAACAAUUCGACGAAGUUCGGCGCAAUAUUGGAUAUGAUGCAUGA